CGCCGCCUCGCAGCCCGCCCGCCGCCAUUUUGGCUGGUUUGCGUCGCUUCCGCUGCUGGGAAGUAAACAGACAGGGAGGGAGGGAAGCGGCGGUGCGAGCGGGGCGGCACGGGUAGCUGGGCAGAGGAGGUGUCUGGGAUCGGCUUUGGUGGAGGGAGCUGAUGUGGCCGGAGCGGAGGCGCCAGCGCGGCCCGAGUCCUGGUUAAUGCGAAGCGCAGCGGGGAGUCGCCAGAAUGAAACGAGGAAGAAAAACUAAUGAGGCCAACAGCAGUUCAUCUGGAGAGACAACUGAGAAAGAAUCCAAGAGACACAGGGUUAUAGACAAGAAACCUGUAGCUGUGCAGAGUCCUGACUGGGCAAACCUGCUUCAAGACAUUAUCCUGCAGGUGUUUCAGUACUUGCCUCUGCUGGAUCGUGCUCAUGCAUCGCAGGUCUGCCGAAGCUGGAACCAAGUGUUUCAUAUGCCUGAUCUCUGGAGGUGUUUUGAGUUUGAACUGAAUCAACCAGCUACAUCUUACUUGAGGGCUACGCAUCCUGAACUAAUCAAGCAAAUAAUAAAGAGGCAUUCCAAUCACCUGCAGUAUGUAAGCUUCAAGGUGGACAGUAGCAAGGAAUCUGCAGAAGCAGCUUGCGAUAUUUUAUCACAGCUUGUGAAUUGUUCUCUGAAGACACUUGGGCUAAUUUCAACUGCCCGGCCAAGCUUCAUGGAUUUACCAAAGUCUCACUUUAUUUCUGCACUGACAGUGGUGUUUGUAAACUCCAAAUCCCUCUCUUCACUUAAGAUUGACGAUACACCAGUAGAUGAUCCAUCUCUCAAAGUGCUAGUGGCUAACAACAGUGACACGCUCAAACUGUUGAAAAUGAGCAGCUGUCCUCAUGUUUCUCCGGCUGGUAUCCUUUGCGUGGCCGACCAGUGUCAUGGCUUACGUGAGUUGGCGCUGAACUACCACCUGCUGAGUGACGAGCUUCUGCUUGCUUUGUCCUCUGAAAAACACGUCAGGUUAGAACACUUGCGCAUUGAUGUUGUCAGUGAAAAUCCCGGACAGACUCAGUUCCACACGAUUCAGAAGAGCAGCUGGGACGCUUUCAUCAAGCAUUCUCCUAAAGUAAAUUUAGUAAUGUACUUUUUCUUGUACGAAGAAGAGUUUGACCCGUUCUUUCGUUACGAAAUACCUGUCACUCACCUUUACUUUGGAAGAUCGGUAAGCAAAGAUGUACUUGGCCGCGUUGGGAUGACUUGUCCUCGGCUAGUGGAACUGGUUGUGUGCGCCAAUGGAUUACGGCCGCUGGAUGAGGAGCUGAUCCGUAUUGCGGAACGUUGCAAGUAUCUGUCAGCCGUUGGCCUAGGAGAAUGUGAAGUCUCUUGCAGUGCCUUUGUUGAGUUUGUGAAGAUGUGUGGCGGUCGUCUCUCUCAGCUUUCUAUUAUGGAGGAAGUUUUGAUUCCUGAUCAGAAAUACAGCUUAGAGCAGAUUCAUUGGGAAGUUUCGAAGCAUCUCGGUAGAGUCUGGUUCCCAGACAUGAUGCCCACAUGGUGAAGUCCUUAAAAGACUUCAGGGCGGAUGGAAUAGCACCUUAAACCCAAGAUUACCAUAUUGCAAUUUACUGUAUAAGCUUAUUUAAUACUACAGUUUUUACUGUAAGUUACUUUGGUGUUUGAUUAGAAAAUUAAUUUUUUCAUUAAAAAAAAUGAUUUAUGAAAUCCAGAUUCAAAAAUAGAAAUCAUGGAUAGCUCCAAAACCCAUUUUCAUCCAAACAAAAAUCUGUUUUCUGGUUUAGAUUUGGUUUUUUUCAUUGACAGUGACCUCAAACUUUUAUGGGAAUAACAAAUGGAUUUAAAAUAUUGAAAAGUACCUGCAAAAUAUCAGUUUUAAUAUGCUUUAGGUACUAGUAUUAAACAUGAUCAGAUUUGAUCUUAAAAAACACACAGAACCCCACCGAAACUGCAUGCUUCUGUUGCAGACUAUCGCAUUUCUAAAUCCAGUCACCUAGAUGACGAGAUUAAGAUUAUAAGGAGUAUUUAGUAGGCUGUGAAAUAUACACAUUCUUUUAUAUAAGAGGCAAGAGCAAUACACAGUAAUAUAGUUUAGACAAUUAAAAUAUUAAGUUUGCUACCUUAUUCAACAGAUUAUUAGAUCCAUCUGAAAUAUAUUUAGAGUGCAAAGAAAUAGUAGUGUGAGCUACCAAAAGUGGUGUGGGUUUUUUUUCCCCUCUAUGCAUUUUAAUGUCGUUUGCUUAUGGGGUCUCAGGUCUGUGUCUAAACCUGUUUUAAGGUAUUUUACGUCUAGCUCAGGAAGCGAAAGCAUUCUGGGGAAAAAUGUAGAUACAUUGUAUUUAAAAAUGCAUUGGAGUUAAUGAGCUUUGCUUGCAAAUUAACCAGUUUUGCAGCAUACGGUUAGGUGGAAUAACAUAUAGUUUAUUAAAUGAACCCUGCAGUGUUAAAUGGAUGACAUGGAUGUGAACAGUGUGAGACAAGAAAGUUAAAAUUUGAAAGGUGACUAAGAACCUUUUAAAUAAAAUCUCAGACCUUCUGGCUGCUUUCAGUUUGAGAGAAAUUACAUUGUAACAGUUGCUUAAGCUGUAUAAACUAAUUGUAUACUGUAAAUCUGUUUCAGAGAUAUUUAUGUAUAAAAUGAAUGUUUGAUAGAUGAUCAUUUUGUAUACCUUUAAUUCAGCUAGUUUGAUCAUUUCAUAAUAUUUAAAAAGCUAAAAGCAGUAAACUUGCGUGAAGUAGAGCAAUAGGCAAAAAAAAAUGUUUUGAAUAUUUGGUAAAUCCAUUUUAUUGAAGAAAGUUUUUUAGUUUGUAAGUGGUGUAGGCAACAUAUUGCCUGUGACUUGGAUGUGGCUUGUGACUUCAUUUCUUACCGCCAACAGUUACAUUAUUUUCUCUUUUAUGUUAUUGAUUGGUAACAUUAGAGUAUUCAUGUGACUGCUGAAUGUGUUUGAAAGGUGUGGUCAGCCACCAGCAAGGCAACGCUGCUCCAAAGCUGCUGUGGGCCGAACUGAACUUAGCUGGUGGCUUCUUCUCAUCUGAGCUGUACAGCUAAUUCUGGUAAUAAGUAGAUUUCCUUCAUUUCUGAUUUCAGUAAUGUUUAUCCAAAUGUAUAGUUCAAGUGUAAUACACUUAUGAGCAUAUUUAAGUUCAUAACUAUUUUGAGCAAACGUUGCUCAGCGGACUGGACAUCUUUAUAGAGGAGUUGUAUGUUUCUGUAGAGCUUUGAUUUAAAAAUUGCAUUUUAAGAAAUACACGGUUUUUUGUAUUAGAAUUUGUUAAAUUAAUGUAAUACUAUAAUUUGCUUUUAUUUGUAUAAAAGGUGUCAAUAUAAUUAGUCCAUAAAAAGUAAAAAAGCUAAGUGGUUUUUUUAUAUUCUGACUCUCAGAAUUGCCUGCGUGAUAAAGGUGGAGUAACACUACUAAUCUGGGGAAGAGGACAUCUUUUCACUAAAUUAACAUGUGAAGUAAUCUCAUUAGUAACACAGCAGCUAAAACUUCUUUGGACUUUGACUGCUCGAGUCCUAAUGUUGGCAAGAUAAGUUGGUCUGUUGCUUCCCGCUGUGGUAGCAGGAAUAACUGAAAGGCAAGACACCACCUAAAUACCCAAGUUCCCUCCCUUCUGGAGUUCACGUCUUUGAAACUUGGUGUUCUGCUUCUUGCGGAGAGAACCCCAUUGGAUCCUGAGGCGGGGAAGGUGUUAGCAGUUGAAGGUUUUCUGCUUCGUUGUAGUGGAACUGGUUUCCUCAGCAAUGUAACUGGCUGGCCUCUCCUGAGAAGGUCUGUUUUGUUGCAUAGGCUUCAAAAAGUCCUUCAUAGAGGUGACACAGUAUCGUUAUGGUUACCAAAGUGUUCAAGGAUAAGAAAACCACUUGAAAGCAGUUGUCUGUCUCUUCCACUGAAGGUCUGCAUUUUUUUUUUUAUACAUCAAACCAAUUAUAGUGUCCUUAUCUCGAAUAAUCCAGCAAUAAAGCAAACUUCCUGGGCAAGCCUAUAUUCUAAGUAGCUUCAGGAAAAGCUUCAAUGCUCCUUUUUAGGAAAUCUUGUACAAUUCUUACUUUGCCUUCUACAUGUUGGAAAAAAGGAAUAAUAAUAAUAAUUUAAAAAAAAUCCAUUACAUGAGUACUGACGAGAGUACCACAGACUGUCAUGAAGCUCACUAGAGACAUGAACACGGGUGUCUUAUAGCUGUAUAAAAUAAUUUUCCCUGGCUUCACCUUUAUUUCUUGUUUUCAGAAGAUAAUCCAGUGUUGGCUUGGUUGUCCAGUUUUGGGUAGGAGUGGUUAAUGUGUGCAGUGGCACAUCUUACAAACACGAGUGCUACAUCACUUCAGUUUUUUGAUAUAAAAUUGUUCUUGAAAGCUGCUGAUGCCAAACAGCUGGAUAAUCCUAACCAACCAUGCUAAUUUACAGUGAGAAGUUGUAUCACAAGUGAAAAGGUAAGUUAAGAGCAGCUGUAUACGUUAACUGCAGUUUCCUUUGAUUUACCUAAAGCUACAAACUUGUGAAUUUAAGUGGGUUUUUGGAGGGGUUUUUAGUCCGAAACUUUCACUAAUAUUAUACAAACUGAUCUAACUACAUAAGUAUAAAUUUGCUAUCUCUAUCCCAUUUGUUGUAUAAUGUGUGCCAAAUUAAUUUCUCAUUAAUUUAAAGCAGGGUUCACCUGGGUCUCUCUAUUUGGAGUAGGCCUGACUAAAACGUAAACUCUGCUACAUUACUUCAGAGAUCAGUCUUGGUCUUUGGCUGGUUUAGUUGGUUGCACAUGGAAUGGUAAAAAUAAGUGCUGCUGCUGUAUCUAAAACUGGAGCAUUGAUUUAAUGAGGAAAUGUGAAAUCUUAACGGGACUCAAAACUUCAGUGUCUGUAGUUCAGACUACAAACUGUAAAUUGAUUUUCCUAAAAUACAAGUGCUGCAGAAACAAGUUCCUUGGAGAUACGGUUGAAGUUAAAUAGUAUCAGAAGUAGGACAGUGAAAGCACAAUUAACCUUAGAUGUUCUCUAUGUUUGUCUCUUCAUCCUUUUUGUUAGGUUUUUCUUGUAGGAUCACCUCCACUGCUGGCUGUUGUAGUUCACGUGCUUUGGAACAGACUGUGGCAUGCUUUCUGCUCUGUCUUCUGCCUGUGCUUUUGUAAGAUGGCAUUUCCUUUGGACCUUUCAGAGGAAAAUGUCUGUUCCUUCCAGUCUUACAGCAUGACAAAAACCUCGUAUUUUCCCAUUUAUAGGACAAUCCUGCAUGAAGAUCAGCUGUCAUGGUCUGCUAUACAAUUAAGGAGAAAGACACUCGUGAUUCCUUGUAUUGUACUUUAUCUGCUGCAUGAUAUGACAUGACAGAUGAUUCUUUUGCUUCUAUCAGUUUUUCCCUAGACUGAAAAUAUGAUGGCUGGUCUAUUUUCACUAACUUUGCUAAUUUGCAAUCAGCAGGUGAUGGUGGGGUGGGUUUUUUUAAUGCUUUACACUUAGAAUGGAGUCUAAAUUUAAGUGGAAGAGCAGAAACCUGCUCCAGUUCUCAAGUUAUACCCUAGUUGUGGUGACUUCAAAACCAGAACCUCAACAUCACUGCCACCAUCCUCAGUUAUAGCACUGAAGGCGGCCCCUUUCCUAAUGCAGAACAUCUGUGAGUGGGUUUGGGCAGAAAACCUUUGUACCAGCUAUAUAUGUUGGGGGUUUUUUUUCUUCACUGUGUGGCCCUUUGGGGCGUAGGAGGCACAUGGUCUAUUUGACCUUGAUGUAUGACAAGCCAGGAACUGCCUUGCUUGAGAUGCCUCCUGGAGUGAUGUGUGGGUUAGAGCCCUGAGCAGCUCUGUGGUAUGAAAAUUAAGGAGCUUUCCACAAGACCACUGUGUAGACUUAAAAAUUUUCAUACUGGAGAAUGAUCGUGUAUUUUUACCUGCAACAUGCAUAAAAGCAGGGAGCAGAACCAAGCACAGCCUGAAGUGACCAAUAUCUUCUGUAUUCAAAGCAGGAAUAAUGACUCAAUGACAAAGUCACUGGAGAAAGGAGGAGCUUAUACUUGAGCCCAGCAUUUAGUUCAGCCCCUGGUUCCUACUAUCGGGCAAGUGCUAAUACCAGCUGGUGGUGAGUGAAAUGUUAGGUGUGAUCCCGCCAUUCCUGCUCCCCCAUGUGACUGUCAGCAUGAAAGCAUCCACUUCAAAUGCUUGAGCUAAAUAAGUGGUUUUCAGGCACAAAAACCAACAGCUCAUCAGGUGUACCGAAGCUGUUAGAUGUCACAAACGUUUGCUUUUUAAGUGACAAAAGUGUCAUCUUGAUGGAUCAAUUCUGGGCUCGUCUAAACUUCACAGCAGUUUAUUUCACAGCCUACUCAUCACCUGUGUUAUUUUGGAUCUUGCCCUGUGGGCCUAACUCAAGGAGUCUGGAUUCUGCUUAUGAGAGAGCACUGCACCCGCUAGCUUCAGUCUAAAUGCUAGUGAAACUAUUUUCAGUGCGAUAAUUAGUCAACUUCAACAACUACACCUCUUCCAGAAUUGUGCUUUGCACUGGUGGCAUUUAUUUCCACCCGGCUGUGCAUUCAGUCUGGACAGUUGGCUUUAUGGUUCUGAACAAAAACUCCCAAAUUGAGAAAAGCAAAGAAAGGGAGGGACGCUCUCCCCAGCACUUGUGCCCAGAAGGAGUAAAUACGGGCCUCAGAAGGAACUCAUGUAUGUUUAAGAAAAGGGCAACUCCUACAGCGAUAAUCAGUACCUUUAAACUGAGGACAGAGUUCAAAGUGUGCAACAGACUUGCAUACACACAUGGCUGCAUAAAGGAAUCGUCAGAUGAUUGUCAGUGUGACCAACUGACAGAUUCUGUCUCAAAUAGCUGCUGCUUCACAUAGCUGGUGAAGGGUCUAGAGCACAAGUCUUAUGAGGAGCAGCUGAGGGAACUGGGGUUGUUUAGCCUGGAGAAAAGGAGGCUGAGGGGAGACCUUAUCACUCUCUACAACUACCUGAAAGGAGGUUGUAGCCAGGUGGGUGUUGGUCUCUUCUCCCAAGUAACAAGGGAUAGGACAAGAGGAAAUGGCCUCAAGUUGUGCCAGGGGAGGUUUAGAUGGGAUAUUAGGAAAAUUUCUUCACUGAAAGGGUUGUCAAUCAUCGGCACAGGCUGUGCAUGGAAGUGAUUGAGUCACCAUCCCUGGAGGUAUUUAAAAGAUGUGUAGCUGUGGUGGUCAGGGACAUGGUUUAGUGGUGGACCUAGCAGUGCUAGGCUAAGGGUUGGACUUGAUGAUCUUAAAGGUCUUUUCCAACCUAAACAGUUCUAUGAUUCUGUUACUGCCUGGAAGGGAUGCAGUAGCCUUGACAAAUAACUGUCCAGUUGUCUUCACCUUUUUUUUGCUGUUGUCAGAAAUUUACUGUCCUCUAACUUGCAGCUAAUACAUGCUCAGAUGUAACUGUUUCUCCUUGAAGCAGUUCCCUGUACCAUCCAGAGUAUUAGAGUAAAACAUGCUAAAUUAAGCGGAUUUUACAAUGAAAUAGGAAAAGUGAGAAGGGCUGUUAUUAAGGUACAAAAAGCCUAGGUGUGUUGGGUUUGCGUGGCAAGGUUUUGGUAGCGGCGGGGCUACAGGGGUGGCUUCUGUGAGAAGCUGCUAGAAGCUUCCCUUGUGUCUGACAGAGCCAAUGCCAGCCGGCUCCAAGAUGGAUCCGCCCCUGGCCAAGGCCAAGCCA